UCCCCACUCCCACCCCACCUGCGCCACCCCCUCGCAUCCAGCGACCCCCGGGAGCGGAAUUUGGGCUCGUGGGCAGGGGCACGGCACGGACGGAUCUGCACUGGGGGGCCCCGAGCCCCCUGCCCAUCCUUGUGAAGCGCGGAAAACUCUCUAUAACACACAAAAUAAGUUCUAAGAGUAGGUAUGUAUUUAUUCAGCGCGAGGGACAUGGGGCAUAGCUCCUCCAAAAAAACUCACACCCUGGGCGACCUGCACCCCUCUUUUUGAUUUGUGCAAACUAGGAUUGCACAAUACACUUAAUACAUAUUCAUUGCCUGCCCGGCUUCAUAUUAAAAUUAGUUACAAACCUUUUUCGGCUGCACACUGCAGCUUGGGAAAAAGCAAACAGUCUUCCUCUCAGUUGAACUUUUCAUCCUCUCUCCUUGCACAUAUUCUUUUUAGCCCUUUGGUCAUCUACCGGACUUUAAUUCCAGUUUUCCUGGGUUCAGGGAUCUGAAGAAUCCCCCUUAUCCUGUGGUGCCUUUGUCCUUCCAUCCUGUUCGUCCACUCCAGCUCUUUAUCUUAUCCUGUAGCCUUGCUCUCCCCCUGUUCUUGUAAGCACCGUAAAUUCCAUCAAACAUACGGUUUUGUGAACCCCCUUCUAGCCAAAGCAUUUCUCGAGGCUCGAUUCCUAAUUCUCGGUUUCUCUGUCUCCCCUGCAGGCUCAGGGGGUGCUGCCCCCUCCCCAACAGCCGCUGCUGCGGCGGCCCUGGGGCACAGCGGGUGGCAAAGGGGGGCGGGAUGCGAGCGGGGGAGCAGCGGGAGGAAGAGGAGGAGAGAGGAAGGGGAGGAGAGAGGAAGGGGAGGAGCAGGAGCAGGAGGAGCAGGGAGAGGAGCAGCAGCCGCAGGCGGAGAAUCGCGGUGUUCCAGGGCGAGCCCGCUGAGCCCGCAGGUCCGCUGGCCCUGGCAGCAUCGCAUUCCUGCAUCCCGCGGGAUUUCCCAUUCCCAAGUCUUACCAAGAUGGAGGAAAAGGCUGUGAGGAAGAGGAAGAUGCCCCAGGACAGCCAGGUAGACAACAUGCUGAGGGCAGAGACCAUGGAGGACAAAUCCCCUCAGCAGAACCUUGUGGAAGAGGCUGUUUGGAGCGGCUCCACAGUGCAGGAAUCCAACAAGGAGGAAACGCCACGGAGAUCCCACACAAGGAGGGGCUGCAAAUGCAGAUCAUGGGGAUCCGAGAAGGAAAGACCUGGCUUGGGCUGGCCAGGCGGCCAGAGAUCUGGCCACAGCUCUGAGCUGAGGGUCCGUGAGCAGCUUCAUGAUGGCAAAAAGCCCCUCCAGUGUUUGGAAUGUGGGAAGAGUUUCCACAGGAGCUUCAGCCUGGUCCGGCACCAGAUGAUCCACACUGGGGAACGGCCCUAUGAGUGUGGGGAAUGUGGGAAGGGAUUCAGAAACACCUCUGACCUGAUCCGCCACCAGACAGUGCACACUGGGGAACGGCCCUACGAGUGUGGGGAAUGUGGGAAGGGAUUCAGCUGCAGCUCCAGCCUGAUCAUCCACCAGAGGACUCACACUGGGGAACGGCCCUACGAGUGUGGGGAAUGUGGGAAGAGCUUCAACCAGAGCUCCAGUUUGCUCUACCACAAGAGGAUCCACACUGGGGAGCGGCCCUAUGAGUGUGCGGAAUGUGGGAUGAGCUUCAGGAUGCGCUCCCAACUCACCCACCAUCAGAUGAUCCACACUGGGGUACGGCCCUAUGUGUGUGGGGAAUGUGGGAAGAGCUUCUUCCUGAGCUCCAGUUUGAUCCGCCACCAGAUGAUCCACACCGGGGAACGGCCCUACAAGUGUGGGGAAUGUGGGAUGGGGUUCAGGAAGAGCUCCAACCUCACCUGCCACCAGAUGAUCCACACUGGGUUACGACCCUAUGUGUGUGGGGAAUGUGGGAAGGGUUGCAGAACCACCUCUGACCUGAUCCGCCACCAGACAGUGCACACUGGGGAAUGGCCCUAUGAGUGUGGGGAAUGUGGGAAGGGAUUCAGAGACACCUCCCACCUGAUCCGCCACCAGACAGUGCACACUGGGGAACGGCCCUAUGAGUGUGGGGAAUGUGGGAAGGGAUUCAGCUGUAGCUCCAACCUGAUUGUCCACCAGAGGAUCCACAGUGGGGCACGGCCCUACGAGUGUGGGGAAUGUGGGAAGAGCUUCAGCCAGAGCUCCAGUUUGAUCUACCACCAGAGGAUCCACACUGGGGAGCAGCCCUAUGAGUGUGGGGAAUGUGGGAAGGGAUUCCGCAACAGCUUCAGUUUAAGCCGCCACCAGAGGAUCCACACUGGGCAGAAGCCUUAUGAGUGUGGGGAAUGUGGGAAGGGCUUCAGUGUGCGGUCCAGUUUGAUCCGCCACCAGAGGAUCCACACCGGGGAACGGCCCUACGAGUGUGGGGAAUGUGGGAAGGGCUUCCGUGACACCUCUGAACUGAUCCAACACCUGACAGUGCACACCGGGGAACGGCCCUACGAGUGUGGGGAAUGUGGGAAGGGCUUCAGCGUGAGAUCCAGUUUGAUCCGCCACCAGAGGAUCCACACUGGGGAACGGCUCUACAAUUGUGGGGAAUGUGGGAAGGGCUUCCGUGACACCUCUGAACUGAUCCAACACCUGACAGUGCACACCGGGGAACGGCCCUACGAGUGUGGGGAAUGUGGGAAAACCUUCAGCCAGAGAUCCAACCUGAUUGUCCACCAGAGGAUCCACAUCGGGAAGAAGCCCUAUGAGUGUCCUGAGUGUGGGAAGAGGUUUCAGAGGAGAUCCUAUCUGCUCAAGCAUCAGCAGAUUCACGUAGAGGAGAGGAGAGGCCCUUCUGCUGCCCCGACUGCGGGAAAGGCUUUAAGAAAAACUCCACCCUCAUCACCCACCUGCGAAUCCACACUGGGGAGAGGCCCUAACAGUGUCCCCAGUGUGGGAAGUGCUUCUCCCAGAACUCUGUCGUGACCUGACACCAACGAGGGCACUGGUAAGGGAAGCCCUGUGAGAGCCACGCGUGCAGGAAAAGCUUCAUGUGCUGCUCCAGCUCCAUCCCCACUGGAGGACCCUGUUGGAUGCUCCCCAGUUACCCUUGUUGGGCAGAGCCUUGGUGAUCCAUGAUCCUGGUGAUCCAUGUCGGGAGCUCACCUGGCUGGUAGUGUCCACAUCUUCCUGGCUCUUUGUGGGCGCCUGGACUCAGCGGGCCAAAAAUCCAUUGGGAUGCAGACUGACAUCAGGAAUUCAUUUGGGACAGCGGAUUUUAAUUUCCACCCCAAAAAAUAUCACCUUUUGCAUCCAGUCAUUUCAUCUGUUGGCAUCAAAGAAUACUGGAUGGUCUUGGAGGUCUUUACCAACCUAAAUCAUUCCAUGAUUCUAAUUCUGCCUGGGCCACUGGCAUCUUCCACAGCCAAAUAGUGAUGGACUGGGGCAGAAAACCAAGAUCUUGGAGACAGUGGAGUGGGAAGGCCUCUAAGAAUGGUUCUUUGCACCUAUCCAAGCACAUGCAUACUCAGUCAGCAUGGACAGGUAAAUUCUUUUAUUUUGGCCUUGAUUUUCUUUCAUUUUUCUUCAUUCCUUCACACAACAUUGGGAUAAUAAUAGAGACAUUGAAUUAAGACAUGGAUGGAGACAUUGUGGACGUGGGUGGGGACAUGGUAGGCACAGGGACAUUGAUAUGGACAUGGACAUGGACAUGGAUAUGGACAUUGAUGUGGACAGGGCUGUGGAUGGAGAUAUCAGGCAUGGGAGAUCACUGACAUAGAUGGUGACAUGGGGGUGUAUCCCAUGGAUGUGGACAUGGGGUACAAGGGAUGGUUUUUAUUACAAUGUGAGAAACGCGGUUCACUUUCCUGGUAUAUUUUAAAAGGUUUCAUAAAAGACAAUAGGUGACAACCAAUAAAGCAAAAGUUUAUAAUGGC